CGUCUUCUUGCAAGUUUUCUUACUCGGAAGGCAGGUGGAUGCAGACAAUUUAUAAGCUCUAGCUAGCAUAGACAAUGAUGAGGUGGUGAAGUAGUCUUAAUAUUAGUGUAGUUCUCUUGUAUUCUGUAAGGUUUACUAAAACUGUAAGACAUUUUGUGCAACAAUGACGACUACCACGACAUUUCAAGGGAUGGAGCCUGGUGCUAAAAGCAGUUCGAGGGUUCUGCGCCCUCCUGGUGGCGGCUCCAACAUUUCACUUGGUGCAGAUGAAGAGAAGCCUCCUGUCCGGAAAAACAAGAUGGCCUCCAGUGUGUUUGCUGAACCAGACGACCCCUACGCUAAUCGAAGGAACAACCCACCUGGUGGGAAGCCCACAGGUGUGCUGUGUGGUGAGCCGUCAGCCCCCCUGAGGAGAGUUGGAAACACCACCAAUCACUCUGGAGAGGGUUCAGCCAUUGAUGGAGAUCAUUGUGAACCAGAUAAUGAAAACUAUGCUGCUGAGCCGGAAGCUGUUCCUGAGCAGCAGGACGAGCCCCGUCAGGCCGAGGACCCCGCUGCAGGUGUACCAUCCGGCCGCAGAAAUCCCCCAGGGGGCAAGUCCAGCCUCAUCCUAGGUUGAAUGCCCGACACCUCCUAAUCCUUACCUCCACCCAUCUCUGAAGUCAUCUUUUUCUUUUCCUCCCAACAACAAUCCCCAGCUCAUUUUUCAGUACCGCAGGAAUCGCCCAAUGUCCAGCAGACACAAGUCUCAUCCAUAUCCCCAAGUGCAUUGUUUUGAUACCUCUUUCGACAAAUGUUUUGUACUGUUUUUAUUGUUUGUUUGUUUAGACAGAAGCACUUUAUGUAUUCCUAUUUAUAAGGUUCGAAGUUGGCAUUUGACCAUAAAAUUAGACCUGCCAGUAAGGGUACAAGGCUCACAUUUCUCACACAUCUUAUCACAAAUUUAUUGCAGCAGCUCAAGCUGUUGGGUUUAUUGUACAAGCUGUUUAUAGGACACAAUCAGAGACACGAGCUUCUACUUUGUGUUCAUUUUUCUCCCAACUUGCAUGCACGUUUGGCCUGUAUGAAUGUGAGAAGAAACUUAACUGUGAAUUUUUUUAAGCUGUUGGAUUUUAUUUUGAAUUUGUGGUACUGUUGUUGCAUGAACAUGAAAUAUUUGUAAGAAUUCUAGUAUUAUCCACAAAGAAGCCACACGCAUCUGUGUGACAGUACUCUGAAAGCUGAAGGCAGUCUUCAGAUGUUGGUCCCGUGUCAGGAAACAGAUUUGGAGCGAGCCUUUUUUAUAUUGUCGUCACCAACAUUAGAUAACUGUAUUAGACUCCCCGCCACUUUUAAGUGCCCCAUGUUUUUAUAGGUAAAUUUACUCUAAAGCUCACACACGUCCGUGUGUCAGGCUCCGGGAUAAAACAAGGCUGGGUUUCCAGAAUGUUUCCCAUCAGUAAAUGCAAAGACUUUUUUUUUUUUUCUUCCUUCGCAGCUCCAUGGAAUGUUGUCAGUCCUGACGUCUGUUUCUGGUAAACCCAUCUUAAAUCUGACAAGUGACCUUAUGACAGCCCAGCCUUCUUUUUACCAUUUUACACCUGAAUUCUUUUAAUAUUCCUGCUUACUGAAAAUCUCCACCGAUCUUUUUGUGCUUUUUCAUGUGACAACGUUCAGACCAAAAUGUCCUCCUGCUUCUGUACUGUUCAGACUUGUCCAUGACUGCUGACUCCACCAGCCGUCAUACAAGAAAAUCUACAUUUCAGGUACAUGAUGGUAACCCUGUGGUGUUUUUUAUUUUCAGUUUUUUUAAAUGUGUGUGUCAAAAUGCGAGACAUGUCAGUUGCAUCAUAUUCUAAUUCCUGUCGCUGGAUGUAAGUCACUGCAGAAAUCUGGAUAUAAGAAAUGGCACAAGUGGAAAAUAACAUUAAAGUCAGUUUUGAUCAUG